CAAAGCAUUUAUUUAUAAUACAAUAAUAACUCGUCUAGACAACUGACAACCUGGACACUAAAAAUUAAUAACCCGCUGAUAUUAAUUUCUUACAUUAAUUAGCUGGCGUGUAAUUAAUUCAAAAGUAUAUAUUUAUAUAAUUAACCAACGAUAAAACAAAAAGUAGUGGGGAGUGAGAGGUUUUUUCCAGACAAGACCAAGACGAUUAUCAUAUUUUCCACUGCACGUUACGUAUUACGUAGACUCGGUCCUGACUGCUCGUAGUGUUGUCUCUGCUCUGGUGUUAAUCUUCGAUAGGAAAUUUGUACAUAUCGAUAUUUAUUUGCAGCAACUGUCUGUCUGCUGGCGAUCAAUGAUCACAAACAAAAAUGUCACCAGCACACUGAUGAAUCUGGAGACUGGUGCACUGGACUAACAAACUCGCCUGCUCAUUUUAUUAAAAACAAACUCUUCAGCAGAAUGAUGGAGGGAACACUAAGCCGGGGAACAUCACUGUCAGGUGACAGCAAUCUUUCAAACCAACAACUGAGUCCACGGAUAGUUAUGUCACUGGAAGAGAGAUUGAUAAUUGAACAUGAUAAUUUGACAUCUAAAAAUAUAACACCAACGACACUGAGAACACCGACGACCAAAAAGGCCAAGCGCGUUAGAUUUUUUCGAAAUGGUGAUAAAUUUUAUACGGGUAUUGUUAUGGCAGUGACACCGGAACGCUAUCGUAGUUUUGACAGUUUGACAACCGAUUUAACGAGAGCACUGCUCUCAAAUGUAACUCUGCCAAAUGGAGUGCGUACUAUUUACUCGAUGGAUGGAAAGAAAGUCCUGAGUGUCAGUGAUCUGGAGGACGGCAAGUGCUACGUGGUGUCGGGUCACGGGGAAUUAUUUAAAAAAGUCGAGUACUCGUCGACGAAAGUACGCAGAGGCAGUUCGCUGUCAGGGCUACCGCAGUCUCCAGCAGGCACAGGCAGAAUUGUCACAAUCAUUCCUUUGUGUGUAAGAGCGCGGAUCGUCACGCUGAUAAGACACGGGAGCAAACCGCGAAAAGUCCUGCGUCUGCUGUUGAAUAAACGGAACGCUGCCAGCUUGGAGCACGUGCUGGAGGCGAUAACCCAGACUGUGAAAUUGGACUGUGGUGCUGUCAAACGCGUGUACACUUUGUCGGGCAAGCUGGUGAUAUCACUGGAGCAGUUUUUUGAAGAUGAAGAAGUCUUCUUGGCGUACGGGAGCGAGAAGUCCACGCAGGAGGACUUUGAGCUGGAUGUUGAAGAGAGCAAGAGUGUCCAGAGCUUCAGACGCGGGCCCUGCGUGUCUAAGAGACAGAGUGGGCCCAUGCCGGUUAUGCCCAGGAAGACGGGCAAGCGCACGCUCACUGCUCCUCAGGUCAGGACACCCAGUCCCUCUACUUUGACUCUGCCUCAACCUCUGAGGAUGCAUUACACUGUGGGACACGUCAUUGGUGACGGCAACUUCGCUGUCGUCCGACACUGCACUCAUAAGCAAAGUGGUGCUGAAUAUGCCAUGAAAAUUGUUGAUAAAUCAAAAUGUCAAGGCAAGGAGACAAUGCUAGCCAGCGAAGUCGCGAUUUUGCGACAAGUUUGUCAUCCAAAUAUAAUCAGUCUUAUUUCUGAGCAAGAAACUACUGAUCAGCUAUUUUUAGUCAUGGAACUUGUCAAGGGCGGAGAUUUAUUUGACGCAAUAGCAGCAGCGACAAAAUUUUCUGAAGCCGAAGCGAGUGUCAUGAUUGGACACUUGACAUCAGCAUUAGCAUACUUGCACUUUCAUCAGAUAGUUCACCGCGAUGUAAAGCCGGAAAAUUUGCUUGUCGAGAUGGAAGGUAGCCAUGUAAGGUGUUUAAAACUAGGUGACUUUGGACUCGCACAAGUUGUGCGCGAGCCGCUUUAUACAGUAUGUGGAACUCCUACAUAUGUUGCGCCCGAGAUACUUGAAGAGACGGGAUACGGACUGAAGAUUGACGUAUGGGCAGCGGGGGUAAUUCUCUAUAUUCUGCUCUGCGGGUUCCCGCCAUUCGCGUCGCCGGAAAACGACCAAGAAGAAUUAUUCGAGCGGAUUCUCGGCGGUCAAUAUGAGUUCAUCUCUCCCUACUGGGACUCGAUAUCAGAUUCCGCGAAACAGCUGAUCUCAAACAUGCUCCAGGCGCAACCAGAGCUGAGAUUCAGCGCAGAAGAUGUUCUGGAUCACCCCUGGCUCGUGAGCUUUCUAGGAGGCGAGCAGUCCACAUCAGGAUGUAUUGCAUCCAGUGAAUCGCCGCAGCAACACAGGAAUCAGCAGUGUCAGCCGCUGAGGGUCAACACUUCCUUUGAGCUGAACUCGUCGAAGCAGUGGGACAGCGACGAGGCUCCGGGGAUUUGCGAAUCCCCCAUCAGCAGACACCAGCAAUGGACCGACGGGUUAAAGAAGAAAAAUGUACAAGUGUGUGAUGAAACGGACAGAUUUAAUGGUAACAGUUUUAAUAAUGAGGACCCGAUGUCCCUGAGUGCGGAGUGUCUGAAAGAAAUAAGCGUACUCACGACAUCAAUGCGCGACCUUAUGCAUAAUAUUGAUGAUGACGACAUCUCGUUGGGUAAAAAAAAAAAUUCAAAGAGUGUUACAUCAUCGCUGAACAGUAUUUUAGAAAACGUAAAUUGUAAUAAAAAAAAUAAUAAUAAUGGAGGCUAUCAAAGUCCUGUUUCAAAUAAUUUACAUUCCACUAACAAGAGAAAUGGUAAUUCUCUGUCAGAUAUUCAUUCCAAAGCAAAUAAUAAAUUAAAGUCAACAGUAAUAACACCAACAUCAUCAUCAUCGUCAUACUCAUCGUCUAUUCGUAAUGACUGUCACCAAUUACAGGAUAAAAAUUUAAGGUGCAAUAAUAGUAAUAAAAAAAUAAAAAAUAAUAUUUAUAAUAAUGUAGCCAACGGUGCUAAGGCCAGUAGACGUGACAACGACAAUGACAACAAGUAUUCAUCUGUUGAAAAUUUUUCACAGUCAACAGACGGUCUAAGUGUCAGCUCUGACAAUAAUAUCGAAACCUCAGACAGUUUCGUCAACAUCCAGUUCGCCAAGUACAGCAAAAAUAUCGGCGGCUGCUCCAGCAGUCAGAGCACUCAGUCAUCAGAAAGUCUCGAUAGUAUUCCGAUUCGCGGGAGCAAAUUAAACAACACGACCGACAGUGGAGUAAAGAAAAUAAAUCAGGAUAUCAGUCGGCAGGUUUUGAAGAGAAAUCCAAAGUAUAAUUUACGUCCAACUGCUAAUCGUAACUCGCGAUUGAUUGAAUCCUCUGGUGCAGCAGCGACAAGUGCGACAAAGUCAAGUGGAUCGAAAAAUUCAUCACUUAUUCCAACUCUGAGAAUUAAUGACCACAAUUUAUUGACUGAUAAUAAAUUAGAUAAUAAAAUAAAAGUAUCUGCUGGUGAUCAAGUUAAAUUACGUGAGAAAAAACAAACGGCUAUAAAACGGGACGGUAAUAAAAAACGUUUCAGUUGUUUUUCAAAUUAUUCGGUGAAGAAAUCACAUGAUGAUGCUGAGUCUGAUAAAUUAAAUAAUAGCGUACCCGUAAGUAGUACAAGGAAGUGCAGUUCGACGGAUGAGUUGAGAGAAGAUAAGCAGGUGGGAGUUAAUAAAAAUAAUAUCAAAGCUAAUAGAUUUAGUCUGUACUACACACCGCAGUUGCCGCGAAAAUCUUACGAGCUGGAUAGUACCGGUGGUAAAGUGACUGGAAAGUCGAUUAAAAAUUCAAAUGUAACGAGUGGUGGAUCAAGUAGACCAACCAGUUGGAAAAUACCCGAGUCAUCUAGGCCAGCUGAUGAUCACGAGGCUAAACGCAAUAACCGGAAAUCACUUGUUGAUCCUUCGAGUUACUCUAGUGCUAAACGUGCUAACAAAAUUAAUAGACUGUCAGUUAAUUUGCAAGCGACAAUUAAUGCUGAUGGUAAAAUAAAAUAAAAAAUAAUAUCGAGAUUCAUAUCGUCGACUGCCACUAGUGUUUUUUAAAAAUCUGCAUAAUGAUAAUGAUGAUGAUUAAUUAUUAAAAAUGAUUUUUUACCGUAAAUUUAUUUAGUUUAUUUAUUUAUUGGAGAUUUAUUUGUGUUGUAAUUAUUUUUAUUUGAUAAAAAUUUUUUUUGUUUUUUUUUUUCAUGAAUUUAUUAUAUUUUAAAUGUAAUUUUAAAAUUAAUCAUCGAGUUUAUUUAAUUAGGAUUGUAAUAAAAAAUCUAAUUAUGCCAAAUGCAUUUUUAAAUUUAAGUAUUUUAUAUAAAUAGUAAUUAAAUAUAUAAGAUAAACGGUCUACAACAUAUGAGAGUUUAAAUAUAAGAGAACAUAAUUUAUGAAAAAAUAAAAUGUGCUUGAAGAUAUGACGGAGAGUAAUUUAUUGGAGUAAUUAUUAAUUUAAAAAUGAAUAAAGCUCAAGUAAUAAGUAACGUAAUGUUUACGAUCGACGAUAACGCUCAAUAAUAUUAUUAAUAAUAAUAAUAAUAAUGAUAAUAAUGACAGUAAUAAUAAUAACUUCUGUAUAGCAAUUGAAAUAUUUUUGUACAAUUAAAAAUGUUAUUAAAUAUGAAGUAAUUAGUUUAUUAAUAUGACGAGCAAUACACGGCGAUCGUUGGUAAUGAGAGCUUUUAAUGCUUGUUAAAAUGACAUAUUUUUCGUGAUACCAGGAUCGAAACUUUAAGUUUCAGUGUCUGCAGCCAGUAAAAAUAAGCGAAUUAGUAUAUUAUACACCUAGGGAGGAAAGUACAGUCGAACUCCAUUAACUCGGACGGUUAGUUUACGGAAGAGUGGAAAUUUUUCGAAAUUUCCGAGUUAACGGAUGCCCCUUCUUUCUUAAAAAGAAACUACAACGCAUGCGCUCUUACAUCUACAUAAAUGAUACAUAGAUAAAUGUAGACAGAGCAUACAAAUGUAUCGGGUGGGAGACAGCGUAGCUCUUAGUGAGGGUCAAGAUUGAGGGGAAGUUCCGAGUUAAUGGAGUUCGACUGUAGGACAUUCUAAUCCGAUAAUUAAGCCGAAGGCGAGGGUGGAAAACACGUGGAUUGGAAUGUCCUGCUUUUGUCUCUAGGUGUGUAAUCUACUAGAGCGUAUGCGUAAAUUGUAAAUGUCCAGUCACUGGGCAGAAACUUUUACGUUUCGUCCCUUGAAAGAAACAAAUAAUGUGUCUGCCCGCUGACUGAAGGCUUUUGCAAUUUUAACUCUGAUACUUGUCAUUUUUUUGAUAGUAAUUUUAGAUUAUUAAUUUUGUGUUCACCAUACCUGCAAUAAAAGUUUGAAUUCCUGCUCUGUUUAGAGGCAACAAAUGAUAAAAAUUAGUGCAUACGCCAUUUCUUCAACAAACAGAGGCAGAAAUUUAAACUUUUAGGUACAGAUCUGGUGAAAAAUCGUAUAUAGACCACAGAGGAAGCAGGACGGUACCAAUCUGCGUGUUUGCCACCUUCGCCUUCGGCUUAAUUAUACAUCAUGGGUUGGAAUGUCCUUUCCUCCCUUGGUGUGUAAUAUACUAUAGCUAAAUGACAAUUCUGACUUUGUGUGAAUAAUAAAUAGUAAUUAUAGUUUCUGCUUAACUAUAAAUUGCAAAUGACAAUUAACGCUUACGCUAAUAGUUGGUCUUAAAUUAACUUAUUUUUGACUGACUGCUGACUGCUGACACUAAAACUUUAAGUUCCAAUUCAGGAAAUCAUGAAAAAUAUUGUGUGUAACUCAGGAUGAGACGAUUUCCACCUGCGGGUGAUGUCAGCCGACUUGACCCUGGCCUGAAAUUGUUUUAUUUCAUCCCUUGUCACACAAUAUACUAUUAAACAGUAACAGGGAUUUGUAACCAAAUAAAUGGAAGCUAUUGAAUUUAAAUUAAUAUGUAGAAAAAUAUUUUUUAUAUUUAUUUUUUUAUAAUUAAUCUCCGUUGUAUCUUCUGUUAUUAAGCACAAAACAUCUCCUGCCGUAAUUAUUAUUAUUAUUAUUAUAUUUUUAUGAUUAAUAUUUAAUACUAAUAAUUUUAUUGAUAUUAAUAUUAAUUAGAUAUAAUAAUAAUAAUUUAAACUGUAUAUAUUUAAAUAAUUUAUAAACUAAUUAAACAGCGAAGCUAUAAAUUGAAUUUCAAAAUGCGACUACUGAUAAAUUGUCUAUUUGUGUCGCGCAAUUAGUCAGAAUUAUGUACUUCUUAUUAAUUAUCAAUUAUUAUUAUAGAUAUUUAAUUAAACUAAAAUAUUAAUUAUAGUUAUCAAGCUGUAAGAACAAAUUGCGUGUUGUCGUGAUAGAUUUUUGUAGUGUUUUUAAAAGGAUAAGUGAUUCGCGCCAAAUAAUGAAUAUUAUUAUGGAUUAUAUAUAUAUACAUAUUAAAUUAUUAAUUACUACAGCAUAAUAUUAUGAUUAUUAUUAUUGUAAUUAUAAGGAUUCAGUAUCAAUGAGCGAGUAUGUAUUCAAUACCAAAAUUUUCAGUCUAAUUAUUUAUUUAUGUUCAAUCCGUCUUUAUAAUAAUUAUGUGUCUGAUAUCUGUAAUCAUGUUGAUAUAAAUCGCGAUUUAUGAACUACAAUCAGAUAUUUA